GACGGGUUGAGAGAAUGGGGAAAAGAGAGUGGAGAGGGGAGGGUGCGCAGUCAUGCACACUGAGCCCACCUGAGAAUGUGAGAGGAAUGUGAAUGGAAUGAGGAAGUGUAUCAGCAUGGACAACACAUCAACACUGCUGGGAAGGGCAUCUGAGGAAUACGAAGGUGAGCGGAACGAAGCCGGGGAAAGGCAUGGCUUUGGGAGAGCGCUGCUGCCAAACGGGGACAUCUAUGAAGGACACUAUCAGCUCGGAAAAAGACACGGACAGGGCACCUAUCGCUUCAGGAAUGGGGCGAGAUAUGUGGGGAACUACUUCCAGAACAUGAAACACGGAGAGGGAACCUUUCACUACCCAGAUGGAUCCAAAUAUGAAGGUUCUUGGGCUGAAGACCUGAGACAUGGCCAUGGGAUCUACACCUACCCCAACGGAGACACAUACGAUGGACAGUGGCAGAAACACUUGAGACAUGGCCAGGGCACCUACCACUACCAGAAUACAGGCUCCAAGUACAAAGGCUCAUGGGAAAAUGGCAAGAUGGAGUCAGAGGGAGAGUACAUCCACUCCAACCACAGAUACAAGGGACACUUUAUCAAGAAUAGUCCUUCAGGCCCAGGGAAGUAUGUGUUUGACAUGGGCUUUGAGCAGCAUGGUGAAUUCAUUCAGGAGAAAACAGAAGGAGAGUGGGGUGAGAUGAGCCAAACCACAAAUGUCAAAUGGAUCCCAAAGUACAUCACUGGCCCCUCUUACAGCACUCCACUGAGGAACAUUUCAGCUUUGAAGAGAGACGUGGCUGCAGCAGAAUAAUCCACAGUUCAAUCUACAGAAAUACG